GGCUUUAAAGACUGAACUGCUUGCUAGAAGUAAGCCUAAUAUUUUUAAGACCAAAGUCAAAAAAGAAGAAAUGGUGGCUAAUUAUAGCCUUACAAAGACUGAACUGGACCUUGCUCAAGAAAUUAGUAUAUUUCAAGGGUUUAAAAACCUUCAUUCAAACAGUAGAAAAAAACUGGUAGUUAUAAUAAUGGAUCUAAAAGAUGGUUACUACCACCUUUUAGUUAAGCCAGGUGGUAUGGGUCUUUUUAAAGAUGACAUCUGUGUUGCCUAUCCAGAAGUCAAUAUUUUGAGUUACCGAAGAGAUCAUAUAAUUGCUCCAAACUUAAGGCUAAGUAGUCUAAUAUUAGCAGAAAAAGAAAAUUGGAACCCAUACAAAGACUCAAAUUUUAUAGUCUGA